UAGACACGCUUGACUGCACAUACAAGAAUUAUUAGACAAUUGUCAGAUGAUGGUUUUUAUGGUUUAUUUGAUGUUUUAUAGUUAUUCAAUGUCAUUUUAACAGACCUCUAAUGGGUGGAACUAUUUUACAGGAAUCAGCGUAAAGAGGUCGUGUGUUGGAUUUUAAGUUCGGGAAAGUGAUUACCUCCCUUAAGAUAUGGAUUACUAUUGUAUUAUAACUAUGAUGGUAAUCGUCAUUGCUGCAAAGGUAGAAGGGGCAGCAAUUCAACAUGAUCAGACAUGCACAUUGUCAUCCGAAUGUCCUACAGGUUCCUGCUGCAGGCAUACUAAUGGGUCACUUCUAAUAUACUCAGGAGUGUUCGACCAUAUAGGACCAUACAAUCCACAGUCAGCAGGCAAUUGUGUACCGUUGUUAGCACAGUAUAACGAACAGUGUGGCGAGACAUGUGCAUGUGACGAAACUGAAGGUUUAACAUGUUUUAGGAGUUUUUUAGCAGAUAAUACCAUAGCUCCGUUUAGAUGCCAGGACAAAUCUUACGUUGACAGAGAAACCGAUAAAUUUAUGGACUGCUUUCAAAAUCCAAAAUGUCAACUUCCUCUUUAAGUUAAACAAUUUUACGGUUCGUCAAUUUAAAAAAAAAAGACAGAAUCUGAUGUAAAUAUUUAGAGAGUUCAAAGCUGAAACACGUUUGUUGAAAAUGAAGGUGCGACACUAUCUUUCAUGUAAAUGUUCGAGCAACCAGAUCGAUAAUCGCACUUCUUGGUUAUACUUUUCAAGUAAAGAAAUGACAUAUCAUAAAUAUUAGAACGAUUUCAAAACAAAAUUGAGAGCUUUAAGAUUGAAAAUAGAUAACUCUUUCAGGGCAAAUUGACUGACAUAUAAAAAGACGAAAAAUUAUUUAUAUAAAGUUUGUUAUUGGCAAUAAAAUUGCAUCUCUGUUUCUAAUAAAUAUAAUUAUAUUA